CUUUAAAAGACUGUAAAGAAAUGACUGCUUAACCUCCCGCAGGUUUGGUGGAGAGGAGCAAGCCUGCAGUGCUGUGGGUCAUGUACUUCAACAUGAGGGACACGUCGGCCCAGGACAGCGGCGGCUACAUCCUGCCGAGUAACGUUCACGUCUGCACCGGUCCCGACAGCAGCCUGGGCAGCGACUACUCCAUUAAACUGGCUGAAUCAGUGUUUCAUCAUCUCCUCCCUGAUGAAGACUUCUGUCCGCCCGCACCUAACCCAGAGGACAUCAUCUACGAGGGAGACGGCCCGCAGGCCGAAGGGUCAGGGUUUGAUGAGAGCAAUAACACAGAAGAGGAUAAAAGCCAGGCCGAGGAAGACAAGAGUCCGUCGACUGAGAGCUCUGAACCUGCAGAGAUGGACAGUGUUACCCAAGAGACACCGCUGGAUACGAGCCCUUCCUCUGAAGAAUAACCCCUCUUCAUUUCCUCUACAAUCACCAUUUCACUGAGCAUAUGAAAUCUCAAAACACAGGUUCUCAUCAACUCUUUUUUUUAUAUAUUUCAUGUGCCUUUCUUUUACACUCAAUACCCUCUACAAUAUUUUAUUUUGACUGGUUAAUGUAGGAGGCAGAAUGUAUUCAUUUGCAUGGUUCAAGCAAGGUGCCUAUUAUAUAUUCUACAGGAGGACAAACACACUGAUUUUGGUGAGGAGUUGAUGCUUCAAACCUUCUCAAGAUUCAUUUGCCAAGAACUUGUACUUCAAAUGUCUUUUUAAAUGCUUGUCUGUUUUGCGUCAUCACAUCGCAUCCGUAUUUGUAAUAGCUAUAAAUAAAUGUAUCAUGCAGAAAGGUUUGCUGGCAUUAAAUAUUUAAUUGAAUAUGUA